UGCCAGUGUGACAUGGAGAGCUCUGAGCAGGAACCCACAAAAAACUCUUGAAAGACAUGAGUGAGAUAUGUGAUUUGGAGUGUUGCAUCUGAAGGGCUAAGCGAUUCUGUUGGAGAAGACUUCUAGAUGAGCCUGGAUCUGUGUGAAGAGGUCUAAGGAGGAUUUAAUAGGAUGUCAACUGAGGCAGAACUUCAAGUGGCUGUGAAAACCAGCGCCAAGAAAGAAUCAAAAAAGAAAGGCCAAGAUCGCAGCGAAGCUACUUUAAUAAAAAGGUUUAAAGGCGACGGUGUUCGGUACAAAGCAAAACUAAUUGGGAUCGACGAGGUUUCAGCUGCAAGAGGAGACAAGUUAUGCCAGGAUUCAAUGAUGAAGCUCAAGGGUAUUGCAGCGGGAGCGCGAUCAAAAGGCGAACACAAACAAAAAGUCUUUUUAACCGUUUCCUUUGGAGGAAUCAAAAUCUUUGAUGAAAAGACUGGUAUUCUUCACCAUCACCAUGCGGUACAUGAAAUCUCCUACAUAGCGAAGGAUAUUACAGACCACCGGGCAUUCGGCUACGUCUGCGGGAAGGAAGGAAACCACAGAUUUGUGGCAAUAAAAACAGCCCAGGCGGCAGAGCCAGUCAUUUUGGAUUUGCGAGAUUUAUUCCAGCUUAUCUAUGAACUGAAACAAAGAGAGGAAAUGGAGAAGAAAGCACAAAAAGAUAAACAAUGUGAACAGGCCGUAUAUCAGACAAUUUUGGAAGACGAUGUAGAAGAUCCUGUUUACCAGAUUGCUGUUAAAGAAAAAUUCCAGUCAAAGACCUCGCACCUCCAUUAUAGUUACAGUCUGGUUUCCACAUUGUUACAUGCUGUGACACAAUUAGCACUUUUUGGAGAUAUGUCUACUCCGCCCGAUGUUACGUCUCCUUCUACCCCGGCGACUCCAGGCUACGUUGCGAUGGGAGCUGUCCAGCCUUCAUUCUGGGGACAACAACCAUUGAUACAACCACAAAUGGUCCUUGGUGGUCAGUCUCCAGUUGCUCAGGUCAUGCAGGGAAGCCAAACAAUAGCAUGGGCUCAACCGGGCCUUUACCCUCCUACUCAGCAACAGCCAUGGCCAACCCUUCCGGGCCAGUUUCCACCUACUGCCUUCAUGCCAACACAAACUGUAUUGCCUUUCCAAGCAGCCAUGUUCCAAGGUACUACUGCCCCAGUAGCCGCCGUUCCACCAACCACUGACUCAUUGCGAUCAAGUCCUCUACAACUCGGCCAGAAAGUAACGAAAGAGAUGUUUAAGGAUUUUCAGAUGGUGAACCCCCCUCCGGUGCCAUCCCGGCAGCCAGAUCAACAGUCCCUCUCUUGUACCUCAGAGGCCUUCUCAAGCUACUUCGACAAAGUUGGGUUGGCUCAGGAUACAGACGACUGUGACGACUUUGAUAUCUCACAAUUAAACUUGACGCCUAUGACUUCCACUUCACCGUCAACUAACUCACCCCCUACUCCAGCCCCAAGGCAGAGCUCCCCAUCAAAGUCCUCGGCGUCUCACACAAGUGAUCCCAACGCUGAUGACAUCUUUGAAGAAGGCUUUGAAAGUCCCAGUAAAACUGUAGAAGAUGCUCCUGAUGCUCCUCAGGCGUCAUCCUCUGCUGAUGUAGGUGAGCCCAGUGGUGACUCUAUAAGCCCACAGGUCGGUAGCUAGAGAGCACAGACUGGGGUCAGAUCAGAAGAACCUGUCUAUGCUCAGAUCAGAAGACCUAAUAAAUAGAGUUAACAAGCUCACAAUGCUCCAAGACUUGACUGAACAUAGGGCUGGCUAUGGCACGUUGAUGGCAGCAAUUGACCAUAACAAUGGGUUUAACCGGCCUCCUGAAAGAAGAAAAACCCUGGUGAACGGAGCACAAGGGUGAACCGCAAAACCACACAUAGGCUCUAACAUCAUUAACUUGAAAGCUUCUGCAAGGAACGUUGAUUCUAGACUUGAUCAUGAAGCUAUUUUUUUUUUUUCCUGAAGGACGACGUGUUUAGUAUUUUACUAAUGUUUCCACAAGUUUUUUGUUCUUUGUUUCUUUUUUUUUAUAAACAAACAAACAUAAUGUAGCAAAAAGUUCCGGCUGAUGAGACUGAAGUUUACACUGGGUUUUCUUUAUUAAUGUUUUAUUAGAAAUGUUUUGAAAAUCUCAACGAUGGAAGGCAGAUUUCUUUAUUUCACAAGAAGUUGCUAGACAAGACACUUUUUUCAUUUUUCUUUUUUUUUGGAGGGGUGAAGGGUUGGGUGGGGUCACACUUUUCAAACACUGGGUACUAUAAGAAAAUGAAUAUUGUUUUUAUAAUAUGGUCUCUAAGACUGAUGGGAGGACAUUCGAGACCUGCACCAUUUUAGACCAGAUUCUAAACACUGUAUGGAAGAAGGGACGUUAUAAUGACCAGAUUGGUAUUAUGGACAAAGGAACUUUCUAAUUAAGGAGUUGGGAGGUAUUUUUCCUCCGCACUUAACCUUGCUGCUGUUCGGCUAUGCAGACAAGAUUCUUCUACUCGUGCCAUUUUUGAAAAAGAAAAAAGAAAACUAUUAAUUUGCCCAACAACUCUGGAAUAAUUCCAAAUCUGGAUUUGGAUAUAAUCAGACUUUCUUCUGGAACUUUCGAGGCAUGAAUUUUGUUAUAUAAAAAAAAAAAAAGAAAGAAAGAAAAAAAUUAUGUGAUUAAACAACUCAUCUCUGUCUCUUUUGUACAUUAGGAAAAAAAUAAUAAUUUUUAUUUUAUAAUCGUGACAUGAAAUUCUUGAAAAUGGGGAAAGGCUUUAAAUAAUUCACAUAAAAAGGGCAGGUUUUGUAAAUAUAAGCUAUUUUGUUUGUUUUUAUUUUUUUUUAUUUACUGCUAC